AUGCCAGACACAGACCUUCCCGGGUUCUAUCACGAGUUACUCGCUCUGGGUGCUGGAACAGAGUUCCUCCCUAGUCCGCGCACAACUCUUUUGUCAACGCAAGACUCGUCUUCUGACGGACAUAGCAAUCUGGUGUUUGACGAGCCUCAACUUCAGAUAUCUUCAUCUGACAUAGAUAUAAUGGGUUUGACUGUUCCUGGGAGUGUCGGGAAGAUGAGUGAUUCUAUCAUGGCAGGAAAUCAGAUCAGUCAAACUAUGCUGAGUGAUGAAGAGGGUGUGCUCCUACAGCCAGAUUUCGAAUUCGACGAGGAGGGAAAUAUAGUAGAGCUUGGGGGGCACGGAGGUAACAACGAAGGCGGAACUCAGGGCCAGAGUGAGGCCGCUUCCGCCCAUCAAGUGAGAGAAGGUCAGGACCACCAGGCCGAUGCACUUAUACACCAAGAUGAGUAUAAUGAAACUCUUCUCGGGGACGAAUCUCUUCCCAGCGACCACGUACCGAAACGGGGUCGCCUUCCAGACCCUGACUAUAUAGAAGAGACAGCCCAAAUGCCACCCAAGAAGGUCGCCAGGAUUCUUGUUGUCGAUGAACGAAACCAACUCCGCAAUGCAGACCUAGCGCAGUCGAACUAUCAAUAUCUUGAAAAUAUGGCGGCUGCUUCUAAGCAGAAAGAGCAAUAUAAGAUUUUAGUGCAAGCAAAGAAGAACGCCGCAUUCUGGGUCUUCGGCCAAGGAAUUGCCUCUGUAGGCGUGGGCCUGGGCAUAUCUCGCGUUGAGCAUCCCUUGAGCUGUUUCUCUGGAGAGCAACUUUUCGACGUUAUACAAGGAGAGAACUCUUCGGGAAGAGGAAAACGUAGUCGUGGCUCGACUGAGGACAGCGAAUCUGAUAGUGACAGCAGAAGGGUCCGCCGCCGCAGGGAUGAAGGCGAAAUCGGUCGUGGAGAUGGGUUUGAGUUAGGUGAUGGAGCUGAAUACAAGGACAUAGAGAUAGGUCGUCAGGGGCCGCCUUCUCUUCAAGACGACCAUUCCUCCCAGAUGCCAUGGAACCUCACGUCAUCCAUCCAAGGUUCCCGCCACGGCUCUUCAGCUCCUAGCCUUCCUCGUGGAUUUGGAAGUGCUAGUGAGAUAGCACGAGGGCAUAUCGGUUUUGGCAGGGCUGGUAGUCGUCUCACAAGCGCCAGCCCUCUUGCUGGUCGUGGGCUCGGCCUUGAUCUCGCAGGACAGGAUCUUCUGAGUAGCCUUCCGAUCCCUGGGAAUGAAGGAGGUGACAUUGAUGUACUUGGAGAUUUCGAUCUCGAUACUUACCUGGAAGGGGAGAUGGAUGAUAGGCGUCCAGUAACCACCACCGAAGGGCAUGACUCCUUCCAACUGUUCGGUCCAGCCGCGGCCGUGGACACUCAGACUGCGGCACAAUCUCAAUGGAUUGCCUCAGCACUCGACCAUGAGAGCAAGAACUUCUUCGAAUUCGUGAAGAAUAAGAUCGACACCCUAGUUGUUGAGCAGUCUAUGGUCGGAGAGCAAAAGAACGGACUCGGCGAGGGAUCUACCCACGAAGUCACCGGCUCGAAGGAGAUCGCCUUCUCAGUCCUCCUGCCACCCGAGAUGAACAGUCGUGUGGUGGCCACUCAGGGCUUGAUGCACGUCCUAACACUUGCCACAAAGGGUAUCAUGAGUGUGCGCCAAGCUGAAAGUGCCCCAAGCUAUGACUCCCAUGGUCAAGACGAACCGCAAAGCGUCAUUGGGGAUAUAUUCCUCAGCGUGAAAGAAACGCAACACUUCUAG